GCCCUUUGUCUACGCCGACCAAUUAUCACAUCGUUUCCCCUACCUCUCAAAUCUCCUCCUUUUUCAACCCUUUUCUUUCCAUCUAUACUACUUUCUCUUUUCAAUUUCUUUUCUUUUCCUUACUUAUUAAGCUUUUUAUUUAUUUAUAGUUAGCCCUUUAGUUUGAUGGUUAACCUCUUUGAUUCUUUGGUUUUUGCCUAAUCGGUCUAAUUUUCUUCCGUUUUAAUAUAUUUUUUCCACUAAUCGGAAGAAGAUACCCGAUUUUGCUUGUUUUUAGUUCUAGGGUUUUUCUUUCAACCCAGAAAAUUUCUUUUUUUUUUAACUGGUUUUUUCGAGUUGGGGAAAAGAAAUGGGAGGAGGGGCAAUUGCUGAGUCGAGUCAGUCUCAAAGUGACAGAACUGCUGCGAAUUAUAAUAGUAGUAAUGCUGUGGAUGUCAAAGAUGGUAAAAAGAAAAAGCGUCGAUCCAGAAGAACCAAGCAGAAUUCUUCGAUUCCAGCAGCCAGUAGUGGUUCAGUGAACAAUGAGAUACAUGUUGGGGAAACGGAACUUUUGGAUAAUGUGGGAUCUAAUGAGAAUCAAGUGCCGCGAGCAUCUGAUGUGGCUUUCAGUUCAUUGCCGGUUAUGCAUGUAACUGAUCAGAAGUCAGAAUGUGAAAAAGGAAGCCUUCAAAAUCAGCAUAGUUUGGAAGCUGAUGAUGAAAAUGGAAGCGUAAUUUCCAACUGCUGUCCUGAGGCAAUUUUUGGUUGCCAAGUGUUAAAAGACUCAGAUGUGGAUGUGGAUGUGGACCCGAUGCCAUCCCACAGGGGCAAUGGUAGAGCACAGAGAAAGUAUUUUGCCUCGCACUGGCCUGAAGAAGCUGUUACAAAGGCACUAGAGAAUGGAGAAGUUUUCAAGGCACUAUUUCGUGUCAAUGCUCACAAUAGACUUGAGGCCUACUGCAAAAUCGAUGGACUGCCAACAGAUGUCCUUAUUAAUGGGUUUUUGGCUCAAAAUAGAGCUGUUGAGGGGGACAUUGUUGCUAUCAGAGUUGAUCCUCCAUCUUUAUGGACUAAAAUGAAAGGAUUCACUGCCACAGUGGAGAAUCCUGCUGCUGUUAAUGGUUGUAAUUUGCAUGCAGAAGCUGCCACUGUCAUGCAAGAUUGCCUUAAAGGGAAAAACAAGGUAGAUAUGGAUAGCGAUUGUUCUGAUUGUGGGCAUUUUUCGACUCCUAAAAAUAGGUUGUGCUACAAAAAUGGCUAUUGCUCUGAAGAAAUUGUUUGUCCGGAAUUUGUAGGAGCAUCAGAUAAAGGUUAUUUGAAUGGACCAUGUUCUCUUAUGUCAGAUGAUUUGGGAGCUGGCUGUUUUAUCAGGAGUGAUGAAGCUGUAUAUUCAGUGGCAAAACUAUGUGGCAUUGUGAAUUCAUUUCCGUCAAAACGCCCAACUGGUAGAGUUGUCAGCAUAAUUGAGCGGUCCCCUCGGCGGUACACUAUUCUUGGAUUUCUUGGUGUUAAGCAGUUGAUUCGCAGUAGAGAGGUUAGCAGCAAAGACUCCAAAAAGAACAAAUUCUCGUCAUUUUCUGUGAAUCAUGAAUUUAUCAUGUUAACACCGACGGAUCCAAAAUUUCCAAAAAUGAUGUUAUCUUUGAAAAGUCUACCGCCACACAUCGAGAACAGGUUGAUGGUCGGUGAUGCAACAGUUGAGAUGGACCUUGUAGCUGCAAGCAUUGUUGACUGGGUAGAAGAAAGUAAUGUUCCAGAAGCACGAGUGACUCACAGUUUUGGAAGAGGUGGAGAAAUAGAAGCACAUAUUGCUGCUAUUUUGUAUGAAAAUCUAAUUGAUGCUUCUGAAUUUGCUCCAGAAACACUUUCCUGUCUUCCACAUGGUCCUUGGGAGGUACCACAAAAGGAAUUUGAGAGUAGAAGGGAUUUAAGAAAGUUGUGCAUUUUUACAAUUGAUCCUUCUACUGCUACUGAUCUUGAUGAUGCAUUGUCAGUUGAAACCUUAGCAAAUGGCAUUUCCCGAGUGGGGGUUCACAUAGCUGAUGUAUCUUACUUUGUUCUACCAGACACUGCUUUAGACAUUGAUGCCCAAAUUCGAUCUACAAGUGUGUAUAUGUUGCAGCAAAAAUUGCCAAUGUUGCCUCCACUACUUUCAGAUAAUUUCGGUUCACUAAAUCCUGGAGUGGACAGACUUGCUUUUUCAAUGUUUUGGGACAUAAAUCCUACUGGGGAGGUUUUAGAUCGGUGGAUUGGUCGUACUAUAAUAUGCUCUUGCUGCAAGCUUUCAUAUGAGCAAACUGAGGACAUAAUUGAUGAUCGAUUUGAUGUUCGGAGUUCUAAUUUUCUACUAAAUAAUUGGCCAGAUUUACAUGGCUGCUUUGAGUGGUCAGAUGUAAUUACAUCUGUUAAAAAUCUUAAUGAAAUCUCUAGGAUUUUGAAAAAGAGGAGGUUAAAUGAUGGGGCUCUAUCAUUAGAAAGCCCUAAAAUAGUUUUCUUAUUUGAUGAAGAUGGGAUUCCUUAUGACAGCGUAAUUCGUCGGAGGAAGGGAUCAGAGUUUCUCGUCGAGGAGUUUAUGCUUUUGGCUAAUAAGACAGCUGCAGAAGUAAUUACUAGAGCCUAUCCUUCUAGUGCUUUAUUGCGUAGGCACCCUGGACCAAAUUUGAGGAAGCUAAGAGAGUUUGAAGCCUUCUGUAACAGAAAUGGUUUGAUGUUAGAUUCCUCUUCUUCUGCCCAGCUUCAUCGUUCAUUUGAGCGCAUUAGGGGCGAACUAAAGAACGAUUCAGUGAUGUUUGAUAUUCUCAUGUCCUAUGCUUCAAGACCAAUGCAAUUGGCUGCAUACUUCUGUAGUGGAGAUACAAAGGAUGGUGAGAGUGAUAAGAGUCAUUAUGCCCUCGCUGUUCCCCUUUACACCCACUUCACUUCCCCACUUCGUAGGUAUCCUGAUAUUGUUGUACACCGGACAUUAGCUGCAACUUUGGAAGCUGAGGAAACAUGUAUGAAGCAUAGGGAGUCAUUGCAAAAACUGGAUGCGAAUGAAUUAAUGGGUCUUAAAUGCUUUACUGGUGUGCAGUAUCUUAAAGAUAUUGUAGAAUCGGUUGAAGCUCAGGAAUCAUUGUCUGCUGCCGCAUCUAAGCAUGGCAUUCCAUCUGCAGAUAUAAUUGCUGAUGUCGCUGCUCAUUGCAAUGAUAGAAAAUUAGCUACGCGACACGUGAGUGAUGCUACUAAUAAGCUCUACACAUGGGCACUGCUCAGAAAGAAAGAGGUACUAUGUUUGGAAGCUAGAGUAUUGGGGUUAGGACCAAGGUUCAUGUCAAUAUACAUUCACAGACUAGCAGUUGAGCGGCGCAUAUACUAUGAUGAUGUGGAAGGUUUGGCUGUGGAAUGGCUUGAUGAAACCUCCACUUUGGUGCUUAGUCGAUACACAAGUAAGCACCAUAACAGGAGGGGUAGCCCAGGUAAAUGCAGGAGACUUGAAGAAGUGGCCUGGAUAGUUAGUCCAGCUGACAUCGGAUUAAGGCAGAAUUUGUAUGGACGUAAUGGUAGUGAUAAAGAUAAAGCUGACUGUCAGAUUGAUGGAGAUGUUAUAUUAUCUGCAACAUCUGAAAACCUAGUUGUUGAACCUGCUGUUUUUCCCCUCACUGUGCAUCUCCUUUCAACGAUACCAGUUGCUCUUCAUGCAGUUGGUGGGGAUGAUGGUCCUAUUGAUAUAGGGGCAAGGCUUUAUGUUAGCUCAUAUUUCAGGUAGGUUAAUUAAGACAUGUAUUAUGGGUAAUAUGUUUUCAAGCUAAGCAAGAUGAUAAGAGGGUUUUGGUUUUUUGAUGGCUCUCAGUUUGUGUAGAUAUGAUGGUAAUGUAUAGGUCAAGUAGGGCGUUUUCAGGGUGACGGAAAAAUAAGGAUUUGUCCAGACCUCGUGAUGACUUGCGAAUAUGAUCGUUGCUGGGUAUUAUCUGAAUGGAGGUGUAGAUAAAAGGGUUCCAUGUUUGGCUGUUAGGUAGCUGCUAUUACAGAAGCUGCUUUUCAGGAACUGGCUGGUUUUUUGUUGGCCAAUUCCGACAAUUAUGACAUGGUUUUAACAUGCUUAUACUAGUCUUCCAUGCUGAUAUUGAAAGCAGAAAAUAUUCUUGCGAUUC